AUGGCCAAGUUCAGCCGUAACUUGGUGGAGAAGGCCCCGGGGCUAGUAUCCGCUGCUGUGACUUAUUCGAAGCCUCGGUUGGCCACAUUUUGGCAAUACCCCAACGUUGAGCUGGUUCCCCCAACCCCUGCUGAACUCACUGCAACUAUUCAGAGUGCUAAAACUGGUAGCCUCACACAUCUUACAGUUAAGGAAGCUGUGCUGAAUGGUUUGGUGGCCACCGAGGUGUGGAUGUGGUUUUAUGUCGGAGAGAUCAUAGGCAAACGUGGCAUCAUUGGCUAUGAUGUGUGA